GUGACGCGUCUCUCUCAGUUUUCAGUGACUCGGUUCAAAUGUUGGAUCGCUUCAGCUCAUCUCUGCGGUUCUGUCUCUCCCUCUCUUUGUCUAAUUAUAGAUCGCACAUCCGGCGUACGAUGAUUAUAGGACACUUAUGAUUUCACAGUAAAACAGAUUACAUGAGUAUAGAAGAAUAUUUUGAAGAAGAUGAAGAACCACCUUUACUGCUCCGCUCCUGUCUGUCUGAUCCUGCUGGAGUUAUGGGGGGCGUUAGCGGCGCAGUGUCGGUGGGAGGACGGGUGCGUGUGUCCGCUCUGUCCAGCUGGACAGGAGCCCACCACGGCUUGCGGGGAAGUCGAGGGUCCAGGUGAGACCGGACUGUGCCGGACUUGCCCGGCAGGCACCUUCUCUGAUAGCAGUGACACUGAGCCGUGCCGCCCACAUCUCUCCUGCGGGGCACUGAACCGCUGGAUCUCGACCGCACCGACCUCGCACUCCGACGCCGCGUGUGGAGGAUGCCUUCCCGGGUUUCACCCUGCUGCUACACGGAAGUCCUCCACCCUCCACGCCUGCGUCAGGAAGCCAUACAGCCGGCAGAGACGUAGCGUUGGUAAGAGCACCCCCAACAGGUCUGGAGCGGGAGGUGCAAACGCCACCAGCGUUCAGAGUCCAGAGGAGAAGAGCACGGAGUACGCUGUGUUUGCUCUGGUGCCCAUCUUCUGUGUGAUGGGCCUGCUGGGAAUUCUCAUCUGCAACCUGCUCAAGAAGAAAGGCUACCGCUGCAGUGCUGAGAAAGACGGGGUGGACGCGGAAGCCGCCACUCCACAGAAAGAAGGAAACCCUUGCCCCUACAUUGUUGAUGACCCCAAUGAAGACACCAUCAGCAUUCUAGUGCGGCUCAUCACAGAGAAGAAAGAAAACGCGGCUGCUCUUGAAGAACUUCUGCAGGAAUAUGAGAACAAACAGAUGGCCCUCAACAAGAGCUCAUCCAUCAAGUUUCCGGCUCUUCCUCAUUUCUCUCCAUUUCGGUCAUUGCCGCGGCUGUGUUCUCAUCAGCAUCAUUUGCACACUAUAAACGGGCUGGCACCACGCACCGGACUCUGCUGCUCCCGCUGCAGUCAGAAGAAGUGGCCCGAGCUGCUGCUGCCCAUCGAUACGCACAAGAGCCCCACAGACCUGGUCAAGACGCCAGAGGUCACCAUCCUGUCUGUAGGGAGGUUUCAAGUCGCUCAGAUCCCAGAAAUGAAGUCAGCUUCCAAGGAAGUGACCCAGCCGGAAGCGAGCGAUACGGACUCCAUGGACAGCGGCCACACGGAGCCUGCGGAAGAGCGUUCCCUGCUGGGCGUGACCUCUUCCUGUAACUCCGCCUCCUCAAAGUCCAGACAGGAGAUCAACAUCUGAACGGCCGAGGAGGACGUCCAGGACGGGACGGAUGACAUCAUCAUUAGUAGGCGGAGCGAUCGGGGCAGACGUGUGGCGGUGAUGUCAGUGUUCACCACCUCGAGGAGCCUUGGAUCCGAGACCUUAGGAAACAUUCGUAUUUAUUGCAUAAGUCAUAGAACUAUUUUAUUAAAAAAAAAAAAAAAACAAUAAGCUCUGUCGUUGCUAGCAGAUAAUAGGAGAGCACAGGGCAUUUCCUCCGAAAGCACGUGUGCUUCCACGAGACACUAAAGAGGUCUUAAACAGCGCUCAGAACAACGAGACACCAGUGAGACGUUCUCUCCAGUAGGAAACAGUACAAAGUAUUAUGAGAAACUAGUUUGAUUUACAUCUCUUUUAUUGCUUUUUUUACUGUAGUUUGGUUUUUCAUUAUUUAAGAUUUUAAAAAAAUGAAUUGCGUCAUGGUCAAAAGUUUGCAAACAUUUUGUUUUUGUUAAUAAGAAAACAAAACAUGCAUCGUCGGCUUCAUGCGCAUAUAUAUUAGUAUUUUGGGGUUUAUUUAAAAAUAUUCAUUUAACUAAAAUCUCAGAAACCGUUAAACACAAGGAGAACGCAAGUAACCGAGGAAACAAGAACCUAACACAGGAAAUAGUAACGCUGAAAUAAUCAAAGGAGCUAAAAAACUACAAAGACUACAAGAUAAGAACAGGAAAUGAAACCAAAACUUCAACAUAAAAGUCCGUAAUGGGAAUAUACCUCAGCAGCCCUAAACCAUAAAUGUGUGAAUAUCAUAAUAUUUAAUUGCACAAUUAAGCAAUUUAACAACGAACAUGUUUCACUAAUGAUAUUUUUUCCAUCAUUUCAAACUUCUUAGUGUCUAAUGACUGGCUUGAAAAGCGUGCUGAGGUCUUUUUAUUCAAAUGAGCUUGGCUUGAUCAUUUGCUUUCAGACAUUUUUGAGUUGGUUAAGUAUUUUUGGCUCAUUUUCGGUUUGCACUUUUAUUUCUUUAAGGAUUUUAAAAAACCAGGGGCUAUUUUUCCACAAACCGCUGACGUAAAUAGCACGCAAAUAGAGCAAUAUCAUAUAGAAACGAGCAUUUUCGAGUGUUCGCAGGCUUUUGACCGUGACAAUGUAAUAUUUCAUAUAUUAACAAACAAGCUCCUUCGCACCACAGCCUUCAGCUCAUCGGCUUUACUGAAGAAAAAAAAAAAAACUAAGCGAUGCACUGUAUUGAUUUAUAUCUCUAGGAGAUGCUUUCUUAUCGAAGUGU